AUGCCUCCUGCAAACGAAUCCACCGGUCUGUCCCCAAGUAACUCUUGCAGUGUGCCCGCAGACGCUAACGCGAACCAAGGCGAGAGCUCUCGCCUAGAGCCCGGCACCUCGGUCGAACUACCCAUUUCUGCCUUCAAACCCGGCGAUCUAGUGAUUUACAAUCAGUCCUGUGCUCACCAUAUAACUUUUACGUUCAGUUGCGUCAAGCAUAACAUGGACAAGCUGCUUGCGAUCGAGUUGGCCGAAUUCUUGCCCAAGGCGUGGGAGCAAUCUCUCUUCUCAAAGGUCAAGUCGCCGGAGGAGCACGAAUUCUACAGGAAGAUGCGGGGAACCGCGCGCAACCAAAAGGAACUCUACUAUCCUUACUGGUUUUUCUUGGCCGCGGUCUGGGGUCCUAGCCACCCCAGCCUAACCAAGAUCCGCAAUGACAUGGCGGCCCUUUGGGGAGUCGAGUUCCCAAAGACCUACAUCCACUACCCCUAUGGCAUACUCGUCGAGCGCCAGAAAGCGCUUUUUCAUGGGGGCCGAGAGAGUUUUACACCUCUUUGCGAGAUUCAACGCCGUGCUCAAGGCUUCAAAGCAGCUAUCGAAGGUGUUGGUAGACCAUCCGUCAUCGAAGCUGUCACACAGCACGCCCCAGCCCUGCUCAACAAAGCCGUGCCUGCCGACGAUGUAGAGUCUCUCUAUCAAAAGCUCAAGGACACUCAGGAACAGCUACAUAAGACGCAAGGGCAGCUCAAGGAAACUCAAAAGCGGCUCCAGGAGACUAACGGGGAACUCCAAGAGGCUCGGAAGAAGCUCAAGAACGACAUUGAGACCUCCAACAAGGAACUCGCCGCGACCAAUCGCCGGGUGGACAAAGUUGUGGAUACCUGCGCCUUGGUUCUGAGCAUCCUCACCACUCCCAGAGGUGAGAAGCGGAAGCUCCAGCCAGAGCAGGAUGAGACCUGA